ACAGAAUAUAUUUCUGAAGAAUGAUGUCCGACCUGAUAUUGCAUUCAUCUCAGGCAUUCCUUACUAAGCAGGGAAGAGGUUGGAUUGGGCUGCAGAGGAAUGGCAUUGGGUUGUGGAUGUGGGUGGAUGGAACCUCACUUUUACGAAGAUAGAUAGUCAGAUAGAGUUUGAUCUGUUUUCUGAUUAAAGUGUGUUGUUUUGUUUCGUUAUUGAGGUGAAAAACAGCUGAGCCAUCAGUAAUGGGAAGUCACUUCCCCGUUUCAGUUUGUAAGCUAUAAGAUGUCACAGUCACACAAACACUGCUAGUCACAGUAAUGUUCAUCACUUUUGUGUGUCAUGGUGAAAGAGGAACAAGAGAGCCCACUAAAGCAGACUACAGGCCAACUGACCUGAGGUUCUGAAACAGAUACAUUCACCUCAGUUUUGCUUAAGUAAGCAUAACAAAUAGCUAUUUGGUGCUUAUUUGGUGCCAUGCUCUUCGUAUGUUCCUCUAAUUAACCACAGUUUAACAGAACUGAAGACCAUCUCAGGCACCCCUCUCAGCAGUUUCCUCUUUAGAUUUAUUAUCAGUGUCGAUUACACACACUACAGAUAUAUACAAUCAUAUACACACACUGCUCAUUUGGUUGGCAGUGAGGAAUCUCUGAAGGUGCUUUAGUAAUGCUACAAACUGCUGAGAUAGGAAUGGAUGAAGAGGCAAUUUAUGAUAAUAUUGUCAUGGAUACUGAGAUUUCCAAACCAGCCAGCACAACUGAGGAGACAGAUGAAUAUGUUGACAUGAGAUCCAGCAGGUGCCCAGAAAAGCCUAUUACACCCAGCACGUCUGUACAGAAAAAUGUCUGGCUCCAGUGGGUCACUGUGGCUUUGGGUGUGUUAUGUGUUUUACUGACACUCCUGACCACUGGCCUGUGUGUCAAAUACACCACCGAAAGAGACCAGUUAAAGAUCGAGCAAAACCAGUUAAAGACUGAAAGAGACCAGUUGAAGACUGAAAGAGACCAGUUGAAGACUGACGGUGACCUGUUUAAGUCCAGAUGGAGCAACGUAACCCAGGAGAGAGACCAGCUUCUGAGCAGUAACUCUAAUCUGAUGAGAGAGAGGGACCAGUUACAGGACAUCAUUGACCAGGUACCAUGUCCUAAAGGAUGGAAUGUCUACAGCAAGUGUUAUCUCAUCUCGUCUCCUGAGAAACCCUGGUCUGAGGCUAGACAAGUCUGCCAAGCCAUGGGAGCAGAUCUGGUGACCAUCGAGAGUGAAGAGGAACAAGUUUACAUUAAUGGGCUGGGGAGAUGGGGUUGGAUUGGACUACAAAGAAGUGGGAUGAACUGGACGUGGGUGAAUGAUAGACCACUCUCCGAAGGGCCCGUGUUCUGGGAACCGGGACAGCCCAACAGCAACACAGAGAAUUGUGUUUUGUCCAGCCCAAAUGUGGAGAACCCCACCUCCAACUGGCAUGACUAUCCAUGCUCCUCUAUGUUUUACCCCAUUUGUGAAAAAUCAGCUAACUAAUUCAGGAAGAAAUGAAUGUCCUACAUUCUAUUACAUUGUAUAAUAAAGGUGAAAUAUUGAAUGUUAA